AUGAAUCAACCCCAACAAGAUUCCGAAACAGAGCCCGGGGGCUGUAGCAUGCCCUGGAUCACCAGAUUCUGCUCCAUGCCCGGCCACGAGUACUUUGUGGAAGUCGAUGAAGACUAUAUAGGGGAUCAGUUCAAUACUUACGGCCUUGAGCGUUGUGUCCCACACUUUAGUAAAGCUUUAGACUAUAUUCUCGAUUGUUCUGACGAUUGCAGUCACUCCCGAGUGUCUCAAGAAGACUUACAGCAGUCUGCGGAGACGUUGUAUGGCCUUGUCCAUGCCCGUUACAUUCUGACUCUCGACGGGAUGAAGAAGAUGCGCGUGAAAGUCAAUCAACAAGCCUUUGGGUGUUGUCAGCGUGUGAAGUGUGACGAGCAGCCGUUAUUACCUGUUGGGCUGUAUGACACUGUAGGACAAGAGACGGUCAAAUGCUUCUGCCCGAAGUGUAAAGACUUAUACAUUCCUAUGGACCCCCACGAGAGUAAGAUCGACGGAUCUUUUAUUGGCAUGUCAUUCCCACAUUUGUAUAUGCUUCAAUACCCCGAUGUAGUGCUGGACUCCGACUCGUCCGACAGUUACGACGACUCCAAUUCGGACGUUUUUUGUCCCACAAUCUAUGGCUUCAAGAUCGGCAAGAAACGAGCGAACAAAGUGGAAAAAAUAGUCCCACGAAAAUUUGUUUGUUUUUAA